AUGGAGCCAGCGAAUGAGGACAUCGCCUCCGUGCCUCCGCACCAGCCUCGCCCUUCCUCGCCUACCCAAUCUUCGUCCCCUCCUUCGGACAUCAUAAACAAUGAUACUAUAGCUGCAUCCCUCUCCGACGGGGUCGCUGUGAGCAACGGAUCGAUUCUUCCUCGGGCACAGGACCUUUCGAAUAAGGACCGUCCGGUGUCCGGCAUAGUUCCGCCGUAUUGGAGCCACCAUAGAAAUGCAUCCAGGGCUUCACACAUCUCUCUCGACCAGGCGCCAGGAAUUACAUUAGAGGACCAUACAGAGGAUCCAGAUUGCGAGACUAGUCGUGGUUUGUGGGCGAAAAGUGUGGUUGUCGAUGAUCAUGUCGUCGUACAAGGCAAGACGGGCAUCGGAUCCUAUGUCGUGUGGAAUUGCAGGAUACAGACACUGGAUGGUGGUCCCAUCACCGUUCGUUUAAGAUACUCCGAAUUCGACGACUUGCGACAACGAUUGGUGGCAUCCUUCCCACAUGCGAAGAAUGCCCUACCUCCACUUCCUCCCAAGAGCGUUAUAUUCAAAUUUCGCCCUUCGUUUCUUGAGUCCCGCAGGGUUGGAUUGGAAUAUUUCUUGAACUGUGUCCUCUUGAACCCUGAAUUUUCCAGCUCACCAGUCGUCAAAGAUUUCUUAUUCGGGAGACUGUGUUAA